GCGCGCGCCCACCUUGUUCCGGCUACGAGCUACCCGAAACUGUUUGCUGUGAAUACGGCUGUGGCAAAAGCCGCAGGUCCGGCACGCAUUUUAUGUCGUCUUUCUGGCUGUUGUAAUAGCCUGGUAUUUCGCCGUUACAAUGAGUCAGGAUGUGAUAGGAUGCUUUUCUGCUAUCGCUAGCUAGGCGGAAAAAUUCCUUCGAUCAGCCUGCUGUUUCAAUCACUGCGGUUCGACAGCGUUAGCCGAGGCGUUGUAGUGUGAGCUAGCGGGUUAGCAGCGCAGCUUUUGUAGUCGUUACGUCUGUUUUAGCCAACGUUAGCUAUUGUAGUUGGAGGACGGACGCAUCGCUGCGGCGUGGAUAGUGCAAUAACGGUUAUCACUAAUCCAAUGUUAACGUUACCUUACUGGCAAGGACUAUUACCUUUUUCUGCAUUAAAUUAGCUUGCUAACGUUGGAGAGACUACACAGAUAAACUGCUACGGGUUUGGAUGUCGCGACACUGCAGUUUUCAUUCACUUUUGGGGGAUUGUGAAGGCAGUCUUGGACCAUAGUGACAGGGGAAAGGUAGAAUUGGACCGUCAAGCGACAGAGGGGGUUAAUGAUAUACAGCGGGCAUUAAAUGACAAAUCUGUGGCAGUUGCAGUGAUUUUUACUAUUAGGGAAAUUAAAGCACGUCAAAUCGGGGAGGCCCCUCCGUCUCCUGGCUCCUUCCCCUGUCCUAAUCUGCCGCGAUUUGCCGAGAACACCCGGGUGAAGUCGCAGUUGUUCUCGGCUGGGGGGAUAACUUCACAGCGAGGCCCCUAGCUAGUCUCCCCUCUCACAAUCCCGUCCACCCAUCCUUCCACCCCGACACACCACUUCCUCGUCUGAAAUCCAAGCGAGGACCGAGGAUAGGCUGAAACCGUGGGCAAGUGUUUUGUCGGGUCCCGUCUAAACCGGGCUGCCAAAACCAGAGGGGAUGACUCUGGAGUCCAUGAUGGCUUGCUGCCUGAGCGAAGAGGCGAAGGAGUCGAAACGAAUAAAUGCAGAAAUUGACAAACAACUCCGCCGAGACAAGCGAGACUCGAGGAGAGAACUGAAAUUACUUCUUCUUGGUACUGGAGAAAGUGGCAAGAGCACCUUCAUCAAGCAGAUGAGGAUCAUCCACGGAGCCGGCUACUCAGAUGAAGAUAAGAGAGGCUUCAUCCGGCUCGUUUACCAAAACAUCUUCACCUCCAUGCAGGCCAUGAUCCGCGCCACUGAGACCCUCAAGAUCCCCUACAAAUAUGAACAGAACCGGUCUAAUGCCAUGCUCGUAAAGGAGGUGGACAUUGAGAAGAUCACUGGGUUUGACCAGCCCUACAUCACAGCUAUCAAAAGCUUGUGGGCUGAUCCAGGGAUCCAGGAGGCCUACGACCGCCGCAGAGAGUACCAGCUGUCUGACUCCACCAAAUAUUACCUUAGCGAUAUAGACCGUGUGACUGCAGAGGAAUAUGUUCCCACCCAGCAGGAUGUGCUGAGGGUCCGUGUUCCCACCACGGGUAUAAUAGAGUACCCGUUUGACCUGGAGAACGUCAUCUUCAGUUAUCUUUCCGAUCUGGAUCGAAUUGCAGAACCCAACUAUCUUCCCACUCAGCAGGAUGUGCUCAGGGUGCGCAUCCCCACUACAGGGAUCAUAGAGUACCCCUUCGACUUGCAAAGCAUCAUUUUCAGGAUGGUGGAUGUAGGGGGUCAGAGGUCAGAGAGGAGGAAGUGGAUUCACUGCUUUGAGAAUGUCACUUCUAUUAUGUUUCUUGUGGCGCUGAGUGAGUACGACCAGGUCUUGGUGGAGUCGGACAAUGAGAAUCGUAUGGAGGAGAGUAAAGCUCUUUUCAGGACUAUCAUUACCUACCCCUGGUUUCAAAAUUCCUCUGUCAUCCUCUUCCUCAACAAGAAGGACCUUCUAGAGGAGAAGAUUGCCUACUCACACUUGGUGGACAACUUCCCUGAAUUUGAUGGUCCCCAGAGAGAUGCACAGGCAGCACGGGAGUUCAUUCUCAAGAUGUUUGUGGACUUAAACCCAGACAGCGACAAGAUCAUAUACUCUCACUUCACUUGUGCUACGGACACCGAGAACAUCCGCUUUGUGUUUGCAGCUGUUAAAGACACCAUCUUACAGCUCAACCUCAAAGAGUACAACCUGGUGUGAGGGCUUGCGUGCCACUCACAUCUCCUCCCCACUGCACAAAUGCACACCUCUUUGGAAGUGUGCACUCAAUUCCACGUGCAUUUCACAGUUCACCAUGCAGGCUCACAAACACAACACCACACACACACACACACACACACACAUGUGCACAUAUACACACACCAACAGAACUCUCUAGAUUUUUUUCCAGUACAGCACAUUGACAGAUACUCCCACCUGCAAGUGCAGCCCCUCCUCUUUCACCAAAGCUCGCCCUCUUUCUCCUUCACUCGGCAGCUUGUUGUGUCAGAGUCCUCGCUCCUCCUAAUGCCACGCCACGUGUCAGCUCUGGCCCUGGCACAUUUCAACCGGCACACAAACCUUUCACACAAGCUGUACCGUGACUGAAGGGGACUUUGGUGUUUGUCUGUGUGGUGUGUGUGUGUGUGUGUGUAUUUGGGGCAUUGACUAGGAAGAAGCUGUGUUUGGUGAAUAGCAGCAUCAAAGCCCUUUGGCCCUCUGGAGUUGACCCUCAGAGGUGUGAGAGCGGAUCCUCCAUCGUCUCCUUUCUGACCUCCUGGUGCUCUGGAACGAAGUGAAUAUUGUGUAUGUGAAUUCAUCCAAGGACAAGUGGCACGGUGCUGAAGAAGAGAUACUUUGGAGUAUCAGGAUGUGAGGUUGCACAGAGGACGCAAGGAGGCGGGGCUGAAGAUUCUGUCUCCACCUCACAUCUAUGAAUGUACCUACCAGUGUGAGCAUCGCAAUCGCAAAAAAAUAGAAAUAUAUAUAUUAUGAAGUAAGUGCAUAUGUAAACACUAAGACAAACAGAGAGAGAGGGCAAAAUAUAACAAAACGGUCUGUUCAUUGCUGACAUUUUAAAAAUGUUUUUAAUGAUAGAAAUUUGUUGCUAUGUGUACUUCUAUUUAAGAAAUAAUGGCUAAAUGGAAUGGUGAUAAGAAAUGGUAAGGAAAUCUUUAAAACAAAACUUUUAAACAGACAUCUACAAAAAGAAGCAACCACAAAUUUACUGGACAUAAGUAUCCUUUUGAGAAUUCUCUCUUUUUACAUUUAAGUUAAUCACAUUGCUUCCCUCCUCCAGAUGUUUUCUGUAUGGAUUCACAGGGACAAUUGUCCAUGUGACCUGCACAGCAUCUGGCACCACUGAUACACACCCCACACUUUUAUAUUACAGAAAGGUAGUAGCGGGUGAGAGCGGCUGUGGAAGGAAGUGUGACGUCAUCAGUGUUUAGCCUACAGAGCACAUCUGCAGCUCAGUCUGCAAGUAGCUUUUUCAGCUAAAUAAAAGCUUUAAAUUUGACAUCCCCGUGCCCUGGGACAUGUGAGUGGAGUCCAUGCAUAACAUUUUGAUGAUGUCACACUGCGUCUAUCAGCCGUCCAAUCACACACACUUCCUGACAGUGACACAGUCACCCAUUAUAUCAGGAUGUGCUUCUGUUUACUUUUUUCUUUUUAAAUGUAUAGUCACUUUGUUUAUAAAAAGAUUGCUUGCUGUUGAGUGGUGGUGGGGGAGCUAUCAACCUUUCACAGAAGAAGCGCUCUGAAGUCUGCAAAUGUUGUGUAUAUUUGUUUGUAAAUACAUAUACACAAAACACUCCUAUACAAAAAUGCUCUGUGGUACACCAUCUUUGGCAAAAAAAACAAAAAAUUAACCCAAAAAAAAUUAACUUUCGUUAACAUAGUUUUUUUUUUUUCUUAUAAAUUUAUGGUGGUAUUGAUACUGUGAUUAUGGAUUUUGUUCACUUAAUUAAUAGGACUACACAGAGCUGAGUGGUGUUGAGAAAAUGAACGGAAAGGAGCAAUAGUCGGAGAAAAGACGUUCCUCCCAACCAGUCUCGCAGUUCCUCACUACUGCAACAGCUCUAGCUCCAGAGUAAUACUCACUAGGGCUGGGUAAACUGUCACAGUACAAUGACAAGAUGAUUUUAAGAGUAAUUAAAGUGUUUUUCUUUAA